CUGUGGCUAGGCAUGUUUCUUCUUCAGAAGACAAGGGAAGCGUGGAUUUAGUUAAAUAGUUAUACAUUUUUACGUACCCCCCCCCCCUAAAGAAAUAACACCAAUUGUAUUCCUGAGAAAACUAGCGUAAAUCCAACCUCCUCACUAAACAUUGAAUUUACGAGGUAGCUUGAAUGCAUCUUCAGUCAUUUUUGCGAGGCAGCCUUUGAUGGAAGAGUAGCGGCAACGAUUUCAAAAUGGUGCAGUAAGGUUGGCAUGGACUAACAAUGAGUCAAAAUAAUCCCUGCCUGUGGAGCCAACUUCCACAGAGCAUCAGUGCUCCUUGUAAUCGCUACAAGCAUGCCUGCUGCAGCUAUGAGGGGAAUGUCUAUAUUCUGGGAGGAAGAGACAACAGCACUCUGAGGGACUUUUGGAGGUACAGUGUAGUCGGUAAUGAAUGGACAGAGUUGAGCUGCAUGGGUGAGACCGCACCAGAAGAAGUGGAGGAACAUUCUAUGGUUGUUCAUAAGGGCUUUAUAUAUGUGUUUGGAGGCACAUUGGAUUCAGCAUACACUCCGCUGAGAUGUCCUCUCUGGGUGUUUGACAUAGUAAAGCUCAAAUGGGUGCACUGUCCAAGAAAAGCAAAUGUUCCUAAGACACCAAUGCCAACCAACAGAAAAGGCCACAGUGCGGUGGUGAUAGGUUCAUCCAUGCUGGUAUAUGGCGGCUUCAUAGAUAUAAAGGGAUCAUCUCGAGAAUUUUGGAGUUUGGAUUGUGAAACCAUGGAUUGGUCGCUGCUCACCAGUUUGGACCAGGGAUCUGUUAGCCCAGGUCCAAGACACAGUCACUCUGCAAUGGUCUACCAGAGCUGCAUGUACCUGUUUGGUGGUUUGAAAGGCUUGAGAGAGCAGAGAGAUUUCUGGAAAUGGAAUCCUGCCACCUACACUUGGAGUUCACUCAAAACUAAGUCUGGACCCUCAAAAUUAAUUGGUCACUCAGCGGUAGCCUACAAGGACAGCAUGCUUCUUUUUGGAGGUGGAGAAAGCCUGAACUAUCCAAAGAACUGUUUAUGGAGGUACAACUUCUCCACUCAUACAUGGUGGCAAAUAAACACAAUGCCGGGAUCAAGCUCUCCGGAUAAGAUGCACCACUGUUGUAUUGGUCUGGGUCCCAAGUACACAGCCGACACCACCAGCAUCUGCUCAGAGACCCACCCGAAGCUGCAAGAGGAAAAAUGUAGGCCUUUCCAAAACAAAUGUUUUCCUGCCCCGCUCACUUUUCUAGGGUCAGAGGGUGCUAUAGAGCUUCAAACGUUCACUUUAGAGAAACGCCACCUCAAAACUAUUAGUAAUGCAACAGAACUGGACAAAAGUGUCUUACUGGAAAAAAAUGUGCAUCAGGGAGAAAAUUGUCUAACAUUUGAAAAUAAAGCAUUUAGUAAGCACUGGAGCUGCACGGAGGAGGAAUUGCUCGAAGAAGAGGAUGACGACAUAUCACAGCAUUUGCCUGACCUGCUACUGGUGUUUGGCGGCAGACCGUGUUCCGGACUUAAUCCUCUAUCAGUUUGGCAAAUGACUCUGUCUGACUCUUGACAGAUUUUGAAGAUCGCACAGAAUGGGUGUGAAAAACAGUGUUACCUUGUUACCUGUAGUGUAAUGUUGACAGAUCUUAUUGUUAAAAAUAUACAUAUAUUAUAUUUGCAUUUUUUUUGUUUAAACACUUAAAUACUGUAAUCAGGAAAAGAGUUUACAUUUUUAUAGUAAUUUUAACAGCUCCAUUAGCAUAACCUUCCACUUGGAAGCUAAUAAAGGGAUUUUUUUGUUUAUACUAAUGCUUUUAUUGA